AUCGAGUCCAUGAUCAUUGGCUGACUGCAACACAGACCGCGUACAGUGUGCUGUUAAGAUCCCAGCUUGUAAGAUCGCGUGGUGUGACGCGCUGUCGCUGUGAGCCUUUUUUUGUUCUAUGAGAACUUAAAAAUUGUAAUCUUGCAACCGUUCAGAUUUUAUGUGCUGUGAUGUUUGGCGUGUUAUCUGGUGUGGCGCUCGCUCCAACGCAGCUCACAAAACCGAGUUGGUACCGUAAGAAAGAACUCUAAAUGUUGUGCAUGCGUCGUUAAUGUUCGGUGGAAUCAACAACAGUGAAGUGCUCUGUGUGUGUACCGUUUGUGUUGAGAUGUGAUUUAAGGAAGGCAGGAAAUGUGCCGUCUCGGUGAAAUAAAAAACGGAUGUGAAGCGAAAUGGCGAGCAAGGGCCACGAAAAUGUUUGAAGAAUCCGGUGUGUAAGCAAGGCAAAUAAUAAAAUGCACAACAUAAAAGCAUUAUACAGUGUUUGGUGAAGAAAAAAUGGCAGAAGUGAUUUGAGGCUGUAUGUGUUUCAAGUGCUGUGCUCAAUACAUCUACGCUGCAUCGAUGGUAAACGGUCGGCAAGUUGGUUCGCAAAAGCGAGCGCCAAAUAUGUUCCAGUGAGUCUAACAAACGUUUCUGUGAAGCCAAGCAUUACACGAUAGUGUCAUUGCCUUUGCAAGCUGCAAAGUAAAGCGAGUAAAACCACGCGAUCCACUUCCACACCUAACCACUUGUGCGCAAGAUGGGUCUGGCAUCGUCAAAAGCUGUCAGCAGCAUUGCGGUUUCGUCGCAUGGAGGCGGCUCGGAGAAGAGCAAUAAUGGUCGGCUUAGCAAGGAUAGUGUGAUCGUCGAGACCAACUAUCCGUCGAUGUCGACGGACAUUCAGCAGCAACCCGGCUCGAUACUUCCGUCUCCGUCCGGUAGCAGCGGUAUCGACACCUGGAAAACGUCGAGCUGUCACGUCCGGCAGGCGAGCAUACGGUCGCGAAACCUGCAGCCGAUGCCGGAUGCCGGUGAGCUUGAUCGCCGAUUUGCAAAAGUGCUGGCAUCCAUGGACCUUCCGCCGGACAAAGCCAAGCUGCUGAAAAAUUAUGACAACGAAAAAAAGUGGGACAUUAUAUGCGAUCAGGAAAUGGUACAUGCUAAAGAUCCUCCGGCACACUAUCUCACCAAGCUUCGCACCUAUCUGGAUCCCAAAGCGUCCCGCAGCCACAGGAAACGCAAGAUGGUGGGUGAGUCGACCUCAACGCAGGUGUUGCGCGAUCUGGAGAUAUCGCUGCGAACAAAUCAUAUCGAAUGGGUUAAAGAAUUUCUGGACGACGAGAACCAGGGCCUGGAUGCGUUGAUCGACUAUCUCAGCUUUCGCUUGGCCAUGAUGCGCCACGAGCAGCGCAUCCUGGAGGCCAAAUCGGAAUCGGACGAAGGGCUGACCACGAAAGAGACGGCCGCCAACAGCUCGUAUGGAAGCAACGAAACGAAUCACAAAACCGUACCCAACGGAUUCAUGCGCCCCGGUUUGGGUGACAUGCUGGACAGCCCCAGCAUAAAGCGGCGCUCGCGGCACAUCGCAAAGCUAAACAUGGGACUCACCACGGAUGACAUUCACGUGUGCAUCAUGUGCAUGCGCGCCAUCAUGAACAACAAGUACGGCUUCAACAUGGUCAUCCAGCACCGGGAAGCGAUCAACUGCAUCUCGCUCAGCCUGAUCCACAAAUCGCUGCGCACCAAGGCGCUGGUACUGGAGCUGCUGGCUGCCAUCUGCCUGGUAAAGGGUGGACAUGAAAUCAUCCUGUUCGCUUUUGACAACUUCAAGAUAGUGUGCUCGGAGCAGCGCCGCUUUCAGACGCUGAUGGAAUACUUUAUGAACUACGAGCUGUUUAACAUAGACUUUAUGGUGGCGUGCAUGCAGUUCGUGAACAUUGUCGUCCACUCGGUGGAGGACAUGAACUACCGGGUGCACCUGCAGUACGAGUUUACAGCGCUCGGUUUGGACGAGUAUCUGGAGAAGCUCCGGCUGACGGAAUCGGAGGAGCUGCAUGUGCAGAUUUCCGCCUACCUGGACAAUGUAUUCGAUGUGGCCGCCCUGAUGGAGGACAGCGAAACGAAAACGGCGGCAUUGGAGCGCGUGAACGAGCUGGAGGAUGAGCUGGGCCGGGCACUCGACCAGGCGAGUGAAAUCGAGCGGGAGGCCCUGUUUAAGAUCGGCGAGCUCGAGGCGGAACUGAGCCGAACGCGUAACGAGCGAGACGACUUGUACAACAAGCAGCUGGUGGUCGAGGAUGAAAUCGUCAAACUAAAGCGAGCACUGAAACAGCACGAGCAGGAAUCCCAAAGCAGACAGUCGAUGCUGCUCGAGCUGGAAAACCUAACCAAAACACUUCCCAAAGGUACGUCCAUCGCGGACGUAUCGAAUCUCCUGGCGAAGGGUGGCCUAUCCGAGCUAAGUCCGACCGGUGCCAACGGUGGAGCUGGCUCGCAGCAGCAGCAGCAGCAGCAGCAGCAGCAGCAGGCACCACCGAUACCACCACCUCCCGCCCCACCAAUACCUCCCUCGGCAGCCAAUGUUCCCAUGCCGCCUCCACCACCCUGCCCACCGGCGCCACCAGGCGGACUGCUAAACGGAAGCAGCGAACCACCGAAAGCACCACCAAAACCGCCCACUUUCAUUCCAGUGCCACCGCCGAUGGGUGGACCGCACGGUGGUAACUUGCUGCACUGCACGGACGGUGCGAUGACCAUCAAGCGCAAGGUGCAGCCGAAAUACAAACUUCCCACGCUCAAUUGGGUUGCGCUGAAACCGAACCAGGUUCGGGGCACGAUCUUCAACGAGCUGGACGACGAGAAGUUGCAUCGGCAGAUCGAUUUUGUCGAUUUCGAGGAGCGGUUCAAGAUCGGUAUGGGCGGCCCCGUCACCAACGGCAACUGUGAUAUGGACGGGCUGACGGCGUUCCCCAGCAAACGGUUUAAGAAGCCCGAGCACAUUUCCCUGCUCGAACACACGAGAUUGAGAAACAUUGCAAUAUCUCGAAGAAAGCUAGAAAUGCCUGCGGAAACCGUUAUCAAAGCGAUCAACAAUCUCGAUCUCAAGCUCCUAUCGCUGGAAAAUGUGGAGCUGCUGCAGAAGAUGACGCCAACCGACCAGGAGCAGAAGCUUUACAAAGAGUAUGUGAUAGAGAAGAAAGAUCUGAACCAGUUGACCGAGGAGGACAAGUUCAUGCUGCAAUUGACCAAGGUCGAGCGAAUCUCGUCGAAACUGUCGAUCAUGAACUACAUCGGCAACUUCUUCGAAUGCUGGCAUCUCAUUAGUCCGCAAGUGUACUCCAUCAUAUCCGCAUCCUCCUCUAUCAAAUCCUCAAAAAAGUUCCGCGCUGUGCUGGAGGUAAUAUUGGCGUUUGGCAACUAUCUGAACAGCAGCAAGCGUGGCCCCGCCUACGGCUUUAAGCUACAGUCCCUCGACACCCUGCUCGACACCAAGUCCAACGAUAAGCGCAUGAGCCUGAUGCACUACAUAGUGGCCACUAUACGCCAGAAGUUCCCCGAGCUGAUGAACUUCGAUACGGAGCUGUUCUGCAUCGAUAAGGCGGCCCAGGUAUCGCUCGAGAUGCUCAUCUCCGACGUGAACGAACUGGAGAAGGGCAUGGAGACGGUGCGCAAGGAAGCCGAUUUGCGUGGCAAAGGAACGCAAAGCCACGUGUUGCGCGAUUUUCUCGCCAACUCCGAGGAGAAGCUGAAGAAAAUCAAAUCCGACUGUAAAACGGCACAGGAAUCAUUCAAAGAGUGCAUCGAAUACUUUGGCGAAUCAUCACGGAAUGCGGAUGCAAAUGCAUUCUUCUCGUUGCUAGUCCGAUUCGUGCGAGCAUUCAAGACCUGUGAUCAGGAAAACGAACAACGACGGCGGCUGGAGGCGGCUGCCCUACAGGCGUCUGCCAAAAAGGACGAAGAGGAGCAGGUAGUGCUGCGGAACAACAAAAUUAAUAAUCAAAAGAAGCAACAGGAAGCGGUAAUCAACGAGCUUAAGCUGAAGGCUCACGCUGUGCGCGAGAAGAAGCUGCUGCAGCAGGACGAGGUGUACAACGGUGCGCUGGAAGACAUUCUGCUGGGACUGAAGAACGAACCGUACCGGCGGGCGGAUGCAGUGCGCCGGAGUCAACGGCGACGGAUCGAUAGUAACAGGCUGUCGCGAACGAUGGAAGAGGUAGAAGUGUAGAUCGGUGCAGUGUAACGAGCUCGAAAGCUGUAACAGAUGUAAAAUAUUGUACCCCCUAAGCUACCCCACCACAACCCGUAAGACAGGUCUCUAUCUCGGCGCGAUGAUUUUGUAUAUGAUUUUAAGGCACUUUAACGGUUGUUCAGAACCUCAAUUGUAUCAUAUUCGUUACAGCUGUAUAUAAAUGAUUUUAAAGCAUUAGUUUAGACAGGUUAGGAAGUGGCAAAUACCAUCGAUGUUGUUUUUUUCUUCCUCUUCUUCUUCUUCUGUGUGGUUUGUUCCUAUAAUUUUACGUAAGGAAUCCAUAUCAUUUGGAGUGCGCAAGAAGUACUGUGGAGGGGUUUUUUUGUUGUAAAUGUGCAGAUGAGCCUAAUAACGAAUGACAAUAUUACUACAAAACACACAUUCCAUUCACUUAAAUCGUUGCAUUUAACAGGACGGGGGAAAACGUACACCAAUUAAAGGCGGCAAGCUAAACGAUGCAAGCACAAGUUUUAUACGAAAACAUUCUUUAACGUAUCUGUAAAGGAUUUCAAAGUUCGUGGGGAACGGUUUUUUGCCAGCGCUAGGAUUGUUGUAGGGCAUGCAGCGUGUAGGUACAGAUAUUCGAACGAACUUUGUGGUGAUAUUCAUUUGCCAGCCAGGUGUGCAAAAGCCUUCGUAAUGCUGCACAACAAUAGAAUGUAACACGAGCAAGGACUGAUCGAAGCGGGGGGACGCUUUUCGAACAUUUUUACACCGCAAUCGCGCACAAUCUUCCGCAAAGGAGAAAUAUUACCAUUUGCGUCCACAGCGCUAGUGGGGCAGGGCAGUAGACAGUCGAGUAGGUCCACAAUAUCGUUGGUGCUUACUAAAUUUUGAACUCUAAAAAGCCGACAGACAGAUGAAGCAUGUUGAUAUUGGUAGCGGUUUCGGAGGAAUCGGUGGUCCAGACAAGUAACAGACCAACAGGCGAGGUAUAAUAGCUUUUCUCAAACUAUUCUUGUAAACGACGGUUUGUAACACUUUUUCAAGCAUUUGCGUCAAUAUAUACACAAACGAA